CCGGUCUGGGGGACAGACAGGGCUGAAGACGGGUCUGCUGGGGGACCGGGGACGGCUGCCCUGCUUCUCGGACCCUCAUCUCCCACCUUCACGCGGAGGCCAGCUGCCACACCCGGGCACGCAGAAUGGAUUUCUGAGAGCAACCCUGAAGCAGCAGGCUCUCGGAGUCAGCAUGCAACGUGGUUGGGCGGUCCUCUUGCUCCUGCUGGUGCUCCAGGGCGGCUGGGGCUGCCAAGACCUCACCUGCUACACUGACUACCUGCAGACGGUCACCUGUGUCCUGGAGACCUGGACCCUGCACCCCUGGCUGCUCACCCUUACCUGGCAGGACCAGUACGGAGAGCUCCAGGACGAGGUCACCUCCUGCAGCCUGCACAGGUCUUUCCACAAUGCCACACACUCCAGCUACACCUGCCGCAUGGAUGUGUUCCGCUUCAUGGCUGACGACAUCUUCAGCGUCAACAUGACGGACCCGACUGGCAACAACUCGCAGGAGUGUGGCAGCUUCAUGCUGGCUGAUAGCAUCAAACCUGCACCCCCUUUCAACGUGACCGUGACCUUCCUGGGAUACUACAACGUCUCUUGGAGAUCCGAUUAUGACGACCCCACCUUCUACGCACUGAGGGGCAAGCUGCAGUACGAAGUGCAGUACAGGAAUCGGGCCGACCCCUGGGCUCGGAGUCCGGGGAGAAAGCUGGUCUCGGUGGAUUCCAGAAGCGUCUCCCUCCUGGCCCGGGAGUUCCGCAGAAACUCGAGCUACGAGCUGCAGGUGCGGGCGGGGCCCCAGCCCGGCUCCUUCUUCCGGGGGACAUGGAGCGAGUGGAGCGACCCUGUCGUCUUUCAGACCCAGGCAGAAGAGGCUAAGGGAGGCUGGGACCCUCACCUGCUGCUUCUCCUCCUGGUUGUCAUGGCCCCCAUCCUUGUCUUCUUGGGCCUGAAGAUCCAUCUGCCUUGGAGGCUGUGGAAGAAGGUGUGGGUGCCAGUGCCCAGCCCGGAGCAGUUUUUCCAGCCCCUGUACCAAGGCCACAGUGGAGACUUCAAGAAAUGGGUGGGCACACCCUUCAGUCCCUCCAGCCUGGCUGAGGGACCCUGGGCCCCAAGGGUGAGCUCGGUCCUGGAGGUGCAGGACCACGAAGACCACUCCCUGCACAGUCCCACCAAGGGCCCGGGACCUACGGAGCUGCCCGAGCCAGCAGGGCUGGAGACAGACGGGCCUGAGCCGGGCCCCACCAUGGCCAGCAGCCUGGGCAGCUCGGCUGACAGCCAGGAGAGGGACCGGCCGUACGGCGUGGUGUCCAUCAUAGACACGGUGACCGUGGUGGGUGCAGAGGGGCCCUGCACCUGGCUCUGCACCUGUGGGGAUGAUGGCUACCCAGCCCUGAACCUGGACGUCAACUUGGAGGCAGGCCCAGAGCCCGAGGACCCGCCGGUGGGCUCAGCGACCACAGCCCUCCCUUGCCACUGGGUCUCGGCCUGUGGGCCGGGGCUGGGCAGCUCUGGGAGUGGCCUCCUCGACAGGGUCAAGCUGUCCUUUGCCGGGGAGGAGCCCUGGGCCUCCAGCCCUCCCUGGCAAGGAGGGUCACCUGGAGGUGUCUCCCAGAGCGAGGCAGGCUCACCACCCGCAGGCCUGGACAUGGACACGUUCGACAGUGGCUUUGCAGGCUCGGACUGUGGCAGCCCCGUGGAGUGUAACUUUGCCAGCCCCGUGGACGAGGGGCCUCCCAGGAGCUACCUCCGCCAGUGGGUGGCCAUAGCCCCAGCACCUGCAGGCCCUGGGCCCCAGGCCAGCUAAGCGAGGCUGCCUGGCCCUCCGGGGCUGGUCCCACUGCUGGGCCGCUGGCCACAGGACAGGGACGCCCUGGACGCCCGGGGCUGGGCUGUGGACUUGGCCUCUGCCUGUCGGGACUGCUGGUGACUCCGAUGUUGACCUGGUGCGUGGCUGGGGCACACAUCCACAUGCCUGCACUCCUGAGUGCUGUGUGUUUCCUGGGGGAGCACGCAGUGUGCCCAGGGCUGUGCCAGGUGUCCCCUGGCCACACGGGUGUGAGUGGGAGUCACCCACUGCCACCAUGCCCAGCCUCAAUCCGCAGGUCCUGCCUCCUGGAGCCUCUAGCGCAUCCCUACUCAUCGCAAGGGGAAGAGGCAGGCGAGUUUCAGUAGGGUUGGCUCCGGGCUGUGCCACCCGGGACAGGCAUGAC